UGAACAUCUGAGUGGAUUAGCAGCUCGGAGGACUUUAAAAAUGGGUCGUCAGUCUGAGAGAGACACCACAAGUGAGAAAACGACAGACUCAUCAGACGGCAUCAGAAAAACUCUUUGAGACUUUGAACAAAAGUUACCAAACAUAAUGGCAGAUGUUGCAACUCCUGCUGACAAGAGAGCACCUCCCAAAUUCAAGCAGAGGACCACACGCACCUUCAAGAGCAAGGCGCCUAAACCAGGACAGAAGGGAUUUGGAGACGACAUCCCCGGCAUGGAGGGUCUCGGCACAGAUUUCACAGUGGUCUGCCCAUGGGAAGCCUUUGGGGACAUGGAGCUCAGCGAUCUGGCGAAAUUUGGAAUUGUCUAGAAACUUCUCAUGACCUUACCUCACCUGUUUUACCUUCCUGCACUACUUUUCCUUCACAGCUUCUUCCUAUCUCUCACCUCACAGCUCAGUUACCUGACCUGAAGUUUAUUGUGGUUAUUAGCCCCACAUGUAUUUUGGGGAAAAUUGCACAAAAACUGAUCAGUUUCUAUCCCUUCAGUGACACGGAUCUGGCAAAACUACGGAAUUAAUUAUUUCCUCUGCCUUUCCUCCCUGUUGCGUAUCAUGUGGUCCUACUAUUAAUUAAGCAGCAGAUCAUUAGAACCUGCACAGAGGAGGCAGCUUUUGAUGUUUUAGAGUUUUGACCUGAAAACAAACCAUCUUGCACUCUUUGUUGUCUCACGCGCUCCCACCCCCUUUCCCACCAAUACUCCAUCGUCCUUUCCUACUUUUCCUAAUCCCUCGCUUCUCUUCAGCUCCUGAACCCCUCUCUUUGAUCUCUAAUAACCCAUGCAGAGAAAAAAAUAUCAAAAGGAAUAAAAGACAGUUUGACAUCUGUGA